AAAUCUUGUAAAAUGAAAAAGACGAAAAGGCCAUCUCUCAUCUAAAUAAAACUAUAAAAUUUCCUCUCCGCCUUUAAUUUGUACCUUCUUCCCCGACGCGAAGAAGUCCUGAUGUCGAGUAAGAAAGAAGAAAAAGCUCAGGCUGCAGCUGAAAGAAUCAAGGCUGCAGCAUUGAGUGCUGCGAAAGGCCUCAGUCGUGCUCAGGCUGAAAGGGCGGCAGCUGCUGCAGCCCGAAAUGUUAAUGCUUAUGGGCAGAAGGAAGAAGGACCUAGCAGAUGGCAGGAGAAAAGGGAAGCAAAGAGGCAGAUGUAUUUGAUGAGUACUGAAAAGGCAGUGAGAUUAGGUGAAAGGAAAGACAAGACAUUAAUGUCUACAAUGGGUGCUUCACAGUGCCAAAGGUGUUUUCAAACGGAGCAUUGGACAUAUGAAUGCAAGAAUGAACGGGUCUACAUGUCACGACCCUCACGUACCCAGCAGCUUAAGAACCCCAAAUUGAGGAUGAAGCUUUCAAUCUCUUAUGAUUUGGACAAUCCAGAUGUCAAGGAUGAGAAGGAUGACAGCAGGUCUAAGAAAAGCAAGAGGAAGCAUCGGUCAGAUUCUGGUUCAGGUAGUAAUAGUGAGGCUUCAGUUUUUGAGACUGAUAGCGGUGCCUCAUCUGUUACGGGAUCAGAUUAUUCCUCAGCAGAGAGUAGUACGGAUUACAGCUCAUCAUCUGAGUCUGAGGAAGAAAGGAGGAGGCGCAGGAGGAAGAAGAAGCAGAAGAAGGGGAGGCGCAGAAGGUCCAGCUCAUCUUCCGAGUCAUCUGAUUCAGACUCAGCUUCAGAUUCUGAUUCUGAUGAUAGGAGCAGUCGAAGGAAGAGCCGGAGGCAUAGCAGAAGACGCUGAAGGAGAGAGGGCAAGGCACGUAUUGCCUGUUCCAUGUUGGACUUGCCUAUCUUAACUCCAGAGAAUUGUACCAUCUCCUUUUACUACUUUGUUGGGUCUGUCCGGUUGUAACUCUGGCGCUUAUGGUCUUACACAUGCUGGAGAUCAAGCCCUUACAUUAAGUGUGCUAGAUGUUUUCAUUCCGUUUUCUUUUCGUUUGGGAUGUUUUGUUGCGACAUAUAAUUCAAAUUAGUUCCCAGUAGUGGUGCACUACCGAACAUGUUCGUGGGUACCUUUUAUGAAAUGAUUGUAGCUGAAGAAAACUUAUCGUAAGCUUUUGACUCUUGCAUGUGCCAUCAGGUUUUCUUUGGGUCUAUCGUAUUUUUGCAUCCAGGAUUUCGGGAUUGCUCUUCA